CAGGUUAAAAGAUUCUCUUGUCAGCUCCCUUCAGUUCUGUAAAGCCAAGGAUGCUGAAUUGGCUUGGAUAGAUGGUGUUCUGGACAUGCGGGUUUCGAAAGUGGAUACUGGAGUUAUUUUGGAAGAGGGGGAGCUGAGGGAAGAUGAAGACUUAGAGAUGCAAGUGGAUAUGCCUUCUUCAGACUCUAGUGUCAUUGCACAACAGAAGGCCAUGAAAAGUCUAUUCGGUGACGAUGACAAGGAGAUGUGUGAGGAGAGCGAGAUCAUUCCUACUUUGGAACCUCUGCCACCUCAUGAGGUUCUUGGACAUCAGUCUGUGUUUAUGAAUGAGCCAAGACUGUCUGACUUCAAGCAAGUUCUCUUGCGAGAAGGUAUACAAGCUGAAUUUGUAGGAGGAGUGCUUGUGUGCAACAAUCUGGUGGCUGUUCGCAGGACUGAAACAGGGCGCAUUGGAUUGGAAGGCUGUCUCUGUCAGGACUUCUAUAGGAUAAGAGACCUUUUAUACGAGCAAUACGCUAUUGUCUAAGGAAAGUGCUUGCAAAGAUAUUUUUACUUGGACUUUUAAAGACAAUGGAGAUUUCUCCCAAUUUUGACUUUUUGUAGUUUUCUAAUUUAUACAGGGGAAACCUGAUUCAUAAAGAACAAUUAACUACCCUGAACAUGUAAAUAACUGCUACUGUCGUUCUUCAUAAAUCUGUUGGUACAUUCCAUGUUGUUGACUUUCAAACUGUUACGACUGCCCUCUCCCACAUACCACAUUAUAAAUGAGUUUAUGACUAUGAACCCUUCUCAGGAAAGGUUCAAUUAGUCAGGACAUGUUUUGGUUUCAUAGAUUCCCUGCCAAAGAGUACAAAAGAUGCAAAAGUCAUUCUUCUGUUCUAAAAUGAGAUUGGAUAGGGAACU